UCCAGCAUUGGAGUUGGCCUAACCCUAAUCGGUCAAAUCCCUCCGGGCCAGCCAUGCCGCCGCCGCCGCUGCCGGAGCGGUGGUCCAUCCUGGCUCGAAUCCCUAAAGUUGUGAAGGACAAGGAGGCGAAGCGCACCUUCCCGCCGGGCACCGACGUCUCCGUCGCCUGUGACGAGCUCCCGCGCGCCUCAAUCCUCACCGUGUCGCUCCGCAUCGCCCCGCCGCCCUGCCUCCCCAGCUACCCCUACGUCGCCGCUGCGGACCCCUCCGGCCUGCUCCUCCUCUGCGCCACGGAGCCUAGCGGGGAGGUCACCUACCACCUUUGCCACGCGCGCACAGGUGAGGCCACCUGUUUCCGCGAGCACAACUGCCCCAUGGGCUUCGACGGCGCCAACGUCGGCCUAAUGACGAGGGGCGACAGCUGCGUGGUCGCCGAGCUCCAGCCCUCCGGCGGCGGCUCCGGCCGCGCCACGCUCCUCCGCUACACGGUGGGGCAGUACAAGUGGGCCGUGACGGAGCUCGCCUACUCGCCGCCGCUGCACCGGCAGUGGUUCUGCGAGGGGGUCGUCUUCCACGGAGGGAUGCUCUGGUGGGUGGAGCUCUCGUACGGCCUCCUCGCCUGUGACCCCUACUCCGACAAGCCGGAGCUGCUACACGUCCCGCUUCCGACGAUCAUCGACCCGCUUCCGGGAAAAGUGGCAAAUUUGGCCAACAGGGCCUCCCACAGCUGCGUGAAGGCGAGCAGCGGAAGGCUGAGGUACGUGCAGAUCCAUGGCGAUCCCGCCGCCCCGGUGGUCAGCACGUGGGCGCUCACCGAGGCUGGUAAAUGGAACCCCGAGCGCCGCGUGCCCUUGCCGGACAUCUGGGCCGACGAGAGCUACCUCGACGCCAUGCUGCCAGGGAGCAUCCCCGCGCUUGCGCUCCUCGGCCCCGCAGACCCAGACAAGCUCUACUUCUUCCUCGGCUCCUGCAUCUUUGCCGUGGACCUGCGACGGAGGAAGGUUGUGGAAUCCGGUGAAUUCGAUAUGCCGGAGCCACCAAACCAGCUGAUCGUGCGCGCAUGGCAGUAUGAUCCUUCAAGCAGCCGUAAGCAUAUAUUUUUAUCUUGUUAUUUGAUUACUUUGCUUUGAAUUAUAAUGCCACCUUGGUACCGCAGUUCACAUCUUGCACAAUGUUGAGAAAGGGAUAAGAGCUAUUUCGAAGAUACUCUGCUUAAACAAAUCGAUUUCCUUAAUAUUAGUAUAUGGACGCACAAUGGUGUACCUUUUCUGCUAAUACAUCUCUACGUCUACCUUCGCAAGGUCUUUUGGCCUGGUUAUCACUUACCAGCACCAGCAUUGGCAAAGCACAUUCAAAAUUGAAACUGAGUUCCUGAACCUGAUGGCCUCCUGUGGUUUCCUGAUAGUUUUAGCACGAAAGGCGCAAAUUUCCAAUACGUGUACCGUUAAGA